UGGCGAAUUGUGGCGACCUCUAGAUACAACGUAUUUCAAUAUGAAAGCAACGAAAAGUCACGCCGGUUCGGAGGUUUGGACUAACAUCGGCCGGCGCACGCAGGAACUCUGCUGUGAUGUCUGACGUGAAAAGAUUGGUGCUCUCAAUAGUACAGUUUCUCCGCCAACAGCUGCAGACAGAAGAACUCACAGCAGACGCUAAAGAAAGUGUUGAAGUCGCUGUACAAUGUCUGGAGACUGCGUACGGAGUCAGCGUGGACACACAGAGCCAUCUGCUGGAGCAGCGGACACUUUUGGAAAUGUUUCGAGAAGUUUCUCUUCAUGACGCAGCUCAAGCCCAUACAGUGCUCGAACCGUCACCUGCUCAGCAAGCAGAGGCUGAGAUGUACAAACAAGAAGGUAACAACAUGAUGAAGGAAGAACAGUACCCAGCUGCCCUGGAAUACUACACCAAAGCAAUUUCUCUUGAUGGACACAACGCAGUCUACUUCUGCAACAGGGCUGCUGCUUAUAGUAAACUUAACAAUCACAUGGAAGCCAUCAAGGACUGUCAGAGAGCACUUAAAAUUGAUCCCAAGUAUGGCAAAGCAUAUGGCCGCAUUGGCCUUGCUUACGCUAGCUUGAACGAGCAUCAAAAGGCCAAGGAGUCCUACCAAAAGGCGGUAGAGCUGGACCCAGACAACCAAAGCUACAUCAACAACCUGAGGGUCGCAGAAGAAAAGCUCAGGGGAAUGUCUAGUAAUGGAGGCGGGGACUUACACCACGGGGCUGGGGGCGGAGCCACAGCUCCUUUUGACUUGAGCUCCGUCCUUGGCAACCCUACACUCAUGAACAUGGCUGCAGCACUGAUGCAGGAUCCUAACAUGCAAAAUAUUAUGAGCGGCUUGAUGUCUGGCGGGCUUGCACAGGGUGGUACGGGCGGCGGUCUGGAUGCCUUACUUCAAGCGGGUCAGCAGCUAGCAUCUCAAAUGCAGGCUGCCAACCCAGAACUCGUGGAUCAGCUUCGACGCCACAUGAACUCCUCGGGUGCCAACAGCCAAGAGGGACCUGAAAAUGAACCACAGUAGGAACUACCUCCUGUAGCUAUGCUUCACAGUAUCUACAAUGUGGAAACGAACUACAAGUGCAACAGUGCACGUUGUACAGGUCGCUCCAUGCAGGCAUUUCAAUAAAGAAGCACUUUCAUUUGUA